AUGACAUCGGGUUGCACCACAGCGCCAUCAUGUUGCUGUGUAUCACACCUGAUCGUGAGGCCAUAUGGAUGGCGGUUGCUGGAGCCAAUCGGCGGUCCUUGCUGUUGUAAGACCGUGCUAGCUGCGGUGGUGGGAGCCAUAAAGGAGUUUUUGGCCAAGGGGUCAAAAGGAGGAAUGGCAGUGACUGGAGCUGUGUCGGCGUCCACAGUGCUAGGGUGUUGGGCAGCGCAUUCAGCAAGCGAAAGUGGUGGAUGCCGCGGCGUCAUGGAGGCUUGA